AUGUUGGGCUCAGUGGGAACAAACCUUGAGGCGUGGGCGGCAAGCGGAGUCACAGUGCCGGUACCCGCCCGGUUGCGGUGGACACUCGGGAUAGCGGCGACAUUCAAAUGGCAUGUCGAUGCUGUCAACUUGCCUCUUAUCGUCUCACCCAGGCCGACAGCCCGAUAA